GUCCCUGCAAGUGAGAGUGGGCUGAAGGAGUGGAGGGGGUGGAACAGCGGCAGUGAGCCGCACUGAAGAGCUCUUGAAAAGGAGGGGUGCUUUGACCCACCCCCAAGUCUCCAGUGUGAAAUCAGAUCCAUCCUCAAGACAGAAGAGUCUCCCCAACAUCUGCCACAUUUGGGGCUGUCAGCGGAGGAAUGCCACACCGGCCUAUGUGCCCCAGCAGAGUGGUGCCUUGACCCCGACUGGUGGUGCAUGGCCAUCCGGGGGGCGUGGCAGCAGGGGCAUGGCGCUCGGACCCGGAGCAGUGAUGCUCAAGUGUGUGGUGGUGGGAGAUGGAGCGGUGGGCAAAACGUGUCUGCUGAUGAGCUACGCCAACGACGCCUUCCCUGAGGAGUACGUGCCCACGGUGUUCGACCACUAUGCAGUAAGUGUGACUGUUGGUGGAAGGCAGCACCUCUUGGGACUGUAUGACACUGCUGGUCAGGAAGACUACGACCGCCUGAGACCCCUGUCCUAUCCCAUGACCGAUGUGUUCCUCAUCUGCUUCUCGGUGGUGAACCCAGCUAGCUUCCACAACGUCCGGCAGGAGUGGGUUCCAGAGUUGCACCAGUACUCUCCUGGAGUCCCCUUUCUCCUCAUAGGGACACAGAUUGACCUUCGGGACGACCCAAAGACCAUCACAAAGCUCAACGACAUGAAAGAGAAGCCCGUCACAACGGAGCAGGGGCAGAAGCUGGCGAAGGAGAUCGGUGCCUACUGCUACGUGGAAUGCUCUGCCCUGACGCAGAAGGGGCUGAAGACCGUGUUUGACGAGGCCAUCAUUGCCAUCCUUGCCCCCAAGAGGAGAGCCCUCAAGAGACGGCUGGUGCCUCGCUGUAUUGACUGCUGCCUGAUCACAUGACGCAGUG